CUCCUCUCGUCCCUCCCCUCUUCAGUCGGGGUCGGGUAUAUUGGUGGUUUAGUAUUGGGGUCAGUGGGUAUCAUGGUAUAGUUGUAUGAUAUUAUGUACUGGCAAUGUAUAUACGAUGGUAUGUGCUUUACAGGAGUUUACAGUGUGGGUUGUGUUUUUUCAUUUAGUGUGUUGUUUGUGUUUGUAGAGCGGGAUACGAUAACCAGUCAUGACCAAUUACUACUUACUACUUUCAACGGCCACUCUCUAUACUACUAAGCGGAUGAAGAAUAAACUUCAGCUGAUUGAUGAG